AACAGAAAACAUGAAUCCUUCAUCACAAAACUUGUUGCUGAUCAGCUGCUUGCUGUCUCUAACACUGCUUUUCAUCGCAAGCGAAGCAAUUUUCUUGCCUCGCAAAGCGCAUGUAAUAAUCUCUAACGAUUUGAACACAGGCUCAGACCUCACCAUCCAUUGCAAAUCAUAUGACGAUGACCUAGGCGUCUGGGUUCUUCCUCCCAACAAAGACUACGAGUUCACGUUUCGCCCAAUCAUCUUGGGCAGCACCCUGUAUUACUGCAGCAUGCAAUGGAACGGAGGCUUCCAUUGGUUCGAUAUUUACGACCAAAAAAGGGAUAGACCUCUUUGUAGUCGUUGCUUGUGGAAGGUAAGGCCUAAUGGUCCUUGCAUGUUUAAUUAUGAAACUACCAACUAUGAUAUUUGUUACCCUUGGAAAGAGGAUGCAUAAUCAUUGUCACUUUUUACAAUAAAGAUU